AUGCUCAUGGCCGUGGGCCGCUCUGCACCUCGUUAUCAACUAAUGGGCGUCGUCUAUCCAAAGUCACAACGGCUUCGAACAUCAAUGCUGGAAUACUUCAUCACCGUCGUGCAGCUAUGUCAUCAUGUCAUAAAGCUGAGUCGGAAGACAGCCUUCGGCCAGUGGGCUUCGACUAUGACAACUCCCCUGAAAGGCUACCAAUCUGACCUUGAGCUCUGGGCGGCCGCCAUCAAAGAAGAAGUGAAUUUACUUAUGGUUCAGCAAUUAUCCCUGGAAGCCGAGGAUAAUUCAUGGUUCAGGUCUCAAGUCACUAAACGCUUUGAAUCCCAAUCGUACGCAAGAAGGCUGAAAGCGCGCCAGCGCGUACUGGAUGCUUGUUCUACGUAUUACUAUGAACAAGACUGGAAGCGGAUCCGCAAGCUCGGUACUACCUCUAUUCUGGAAACCUCGGCUGUGUAUGCGAACUGGAAAGCUCAACAAUCUCCACAAGGGCUACAAUCGCGUACGCUCGUGUGUACAGGCAAGCUAGGAUCGGGAAAGUCCGUCAUUCUCGCAAAUAUGGUGGAUGACCUCAACCUGGAGGUGGAGAGGAAGGCAGUAGUGGCGUACUUCUUCUGCCAACAUGACUCGACGCAAAGCCUGGCCCCGAAAACAGUAAUAGGGUCCUUAGCGCGACAACUGUUGCAAUCAGAAAAUGACCUCGAUGUUGCGCGUGAUUUCUUGGGAGACAAGCGUUCUCUCGAGGUUGACGAGAUUCUAAGUUUACUAAAGCAUCUACUGCCGACGCAGUUCGAGGCCGUUUUCAUUCUUGAUGGCUUGAUGCACUGCGAUGCGGAAGCGCGACAAGUCAUCUUGACAUCUUUACAGGAGAUCCAGAACCUGAUCAAGCUGUCAUUGUGCGUUUCUGUCAGGCCGGAGCCCGCCGACUCUCUGCAGGAACUAAGACAGCUCUCGAACCAGCAGUUUCUUCCCAUUGAAGAUAAUAAAUCAGACAUUGAUGAUUUCAUCAACGCCGAAUUAGAGAGAUGUCUCGAAUCCGGAAAGCUUGUAGUAAACGACCCCGCCCUUGUUCUCGAGAUUCGGGAUAGUCUCUCUCAAGGAGCCCAGGGAAUGUUCCUGUGGGCGGCUCUGCAGAUGGAAGCCCUGUGUCUUGAGAGAACAGAUGCAGAUAUGCGAGAGGCAAUUGCCAGUUUACCUAGAGAUCUCUCAGCCUUAUACACUAUGAUACUAAAACGAUCUAGACUCUCCGACGUCACAUAUCAAUCCAAGAUUCUGGAUCUGGUUGCGAUCGCGUGCAGGCCACUGACCACAGAGGAAAUGAGAGAAGCCCUCAGUGUUGUUCCCUGGGAGACGACUUGGGACCCCGCGAGGAGAUUGAAUGACAUCCAUGCAACAUUGGGCUGCUGUGGGAGUCUGCUUACUGUAGACGAAGAAAGCUCGAGUAUUCGAGUGGUGCAUCAUAGUGUGAAAACAUUUAUAUUCGACCACACCGGAUUGCGCGAUUCACAUCAAACCCUGGCGGAGAUCAUUCUCACCUACCUGAAUUAUGAUGUGUUCUCCAGGCAGUUGUCGACAGUCAAAGUACCUAAAAUCAGCUCCAGCUCAGUCACAGCGGCAGUGGUCAAUUCGACCGUUCCCGCUCGUCGCCAAUCCCAAAGCUUUGCCUUGAAGCUCUUGAGACUAAAGAAGAGCAAGGAUACGGACGUUGGCUACAGUCUAUUGCAAUACCUGCAAGCCUCCAGGGCAAGUGACACCGUGCCCUGGGCCCUUUACCAAUAUGCAGUGGCAUGGUGGCAGGAGCAUAUUUGGUGUCUUGACCUCGAUUUGCCUAACAUACACAAGCUCCUGAUCAACUUAUUGGAGGCUCAUGACUAUGACAAACCGGACUUCAAUGGCUGGACGCCGUUGUCACAUGCCUCUCAGCGCGGGUGUCUGGCUCUCGUUAACUGGCUCCUCGCCCGUGGUGCUCGCCACACCGUCGACGUUUCUGGAUAUUCACCGCUAUCUUGGGCCAUCAAUGGGAGACAUCUGGCUGUGAUCGACACCCUCUUGAAGAGUGAAGCCGUGGAUCCGAGUGUAGUAGAUCGGUCAGGGGAAACGCCUCUCAUGUCUGUCAUAAUAAUGAGAGAUCUCGAGGUACUCAAUUGCUUUUGUGAUCGUGGGGCUCGGAUUGAUUGGAACCAAACAGGUUCCAACGGAUAUACGCCUCUUAUGACCGCUACGCUUAUCAACUUUGUGGAAGCAAUACUGGUGCUCUUAAAACGCUUGGGGCCACAUAUCCUCACCCAGUCUCCAGAUGGAGACACGGCCCUUCAUCUCGCUGCUCGUAAGGGCUACGCGGAGGCCUUCAACUUCAUCCUCGUACAAGCGAUGGUAAAGCAGACGUUUUCUAAACCCCUGUUAGUUACCAACAGAAAUGGAGAGACGCCAUUAUGGCUAGCGGCCGCACACGGGCACCUGGAAAUUGUCCGGUCAAUUUUCCAAUAUCAGGACUUUGACCUGGACGUGCCUGACACUGGUGGGGAAACACCAUUCUGGGUUGCGGCCUCGAACGGCCACACCGAGAUUGUCAGGUAUCUUGCGAACUCGGGUCGUGUGAAUGUCAACCAUCUAAACAAAGCUGGCCUUUCUGCACUGUGGGCAGCGGUGUUCAACGGCCACGAAGACGUAGUUCAAGCUAUGAUUAUCAUGAAAACCCUAGACCCGAACCAUAGCGAAUCUGGAGCGGGCACCCCGCUGGAAGCAGCAAUCCGUCUUGGAAAUGAGAGGUUGGUCAGGUUACUGGUUGGAAAUGCAAGGACGGAGGUCGACCAGCAAAUCCAGCAUGGCAAGACGCCCCUGCAGCUAGCAGCUGAGGAAGGAUAUGAGGAGAUUGUCGCAAUACUCGUCUCUACCCGUCGGAUAAUUUAUAAUCAGAGGAGUCAUCAGGGCGUAACACCACUCUGGUCAGCUGCGGAUUGUGGCCACAGUGGCGUUGUCAGGGUGUUGGCUAAUACGGAAGGAGUCGAUCUGAACUUCCCACGCAUGUAUGGCAGUACAGCGCUCUGGGCCGCGGCAUCCAAUGGACAUGUGGAAGUAGUCCAGAUCCUGAUCUCCACCGGCCAGGUCGAUCUCAAUAGGAAGAGUCAGAGCGGCACAACGCCACUGUGGGCCGCUGCGGACAAUGGCCAUAUUGAGGUUGUCAACGUCCUAGCAAGCACUGAUGGAGUCGAUGUGGACUGUCCCAACGACAGAGGAAUUACGCCGCUCUGGAGAGCUGCAUCUAACGGCUACUAUCACAUUGUCCAGGCGCUGGUAGAUACUGGCCGAGUGGCUAUCAAUAACGUGGAUGCCAAUGGCACCACACCCCUAUGGGCGGCCGCUGAGAAUGGACAUGACGACGUUGUCAAAUUCCUUAUCGACGUCGCUGUGGAGUUGAAUUGUACCGACAUUGUGUCUCAUCCUCACGCAAAGCAGACCCCUCUGUGGAUUGCCUCGUGCAAUGGGCACACUGAAGUUGUGGAGAUGCUGGUAGCAUGUGCUGGCGUCGAGCUCGACCGGCGCAAUGAAGAGGGGUACACCCCCCUGGGAAUUGCGGCAAAGAGGGGCCAUGAAAGCGUCGUUGCUAUUCUGGCCAGUAUUCGAGGGGUGAAGCUGUCUCAAGUGGAUAGCAACCGACAAAGUGCCCUGGAGCUCGCACGGCAGUACGGCCAUGAGGACGUGGUCAAUGUGCUCGAGGCACGUAGACCACGCAUAAGCGUUGGGCUAACGCCUGAGCUGGUUUGA